AUGCCCGCUACCAACCAGGGCUGGCCCGAGGCCUUUGGGUUCAAGAUUAGCGGGACGGGGCCGUGCUACAUCCUCUGGGUGCAGGAGGGGAGCAGCGCGGCGGCGGCGGGGCUGCGGCCGGGGGACGAGGUGCUGGAGAUCGAGGGGCAACCCGUCACCUCCCUGGGCUACCAGGCUCUGCUGGGGCUGGCCAGGCGCUGCGACAACGUGCCCCCCAGCAUCGGGGUGGUGUCCCGCCUGCGCUGGCGAGCGGCAGCCCCCCCCCGAGUAGCCAGCGUCAGCCCGGAGUCUCCCGCUGCCGCCUGCGGGAUGGAGCCGGGGGAUUACGUGCUGGAAGUUAACGGGAUGCCCGUGACGCUGCGGGAAUCGGCGGCCACCCUGGUGGGGUCCUGCCCCGGGGGGUCCCUGAGGCUGGGGCUGCUGCGGCCCCAGCGCGGGGCUGGCAGGAGGGAGCCCCUUCCCAGCGCAGAGGCCGUGAGGCUGGAGAGGAGGCAGAAAGCACAGGAAUUCAGCCAAAAGGUGGAUGACAUCCUUGGUGACCAGCCAGAGGUCAAGGAGAAGGUGUUCACUGUCCUGAAGCAGUAUGCAGCUGAGAGGAAGGUGGAAUGCUUGGCCUAUGCCCUCUGCAUGGUCCUCACCCAGGAGUCCCACCAGCAUCUGAUUGACAACAUCAGGAUUUUCAUCCCCAAGAAGCACCGGCAGCGGUUUGACGAGGUGGUGUCCCAGAGCCUGAUCAGCAAACUCUGCCGCUCCAAGAGCCAGCAGCACAGCAACCGCCUGCGCCGCAGCCGCAGCGAGGAUCACCAGGAGAGGCUCCUGGUCUCCACCCGCGCCAGCUCCGUGCCCCGCAGCCACGAGGAGCUCAGCAAGAGCCUCCGGAAAACCCCCUCCCUCAUCACCAGCAAUGUGGCCUCGGGGGCUGCUCGCAGGACUGUGCGGGUGUACAAGGGCAACAGGAGCUUUGGCUUCACGCUGCGUGGCCAUGCCCCGGUCUGGAUCGAGUCUGUUCUGCCAGGGAGCCCAGCUGAGAAAGCUGCUCUCAAAGCUGGAGACAGGAUCCUGUUCCUCAACGGCCUGGACAUGAGGAACUGCUCCCAUGACAAGGUGGUGUCGAUGCUGCAGGGCAGCGGGGCGAUGCCCACCUUGGUGGUGGAAGAGGGGAUCGUCAGCAUCUCCAACGACUCUGACUCUGCUGACUCCCCGAGCACCUCCUCUGCCCUCACCUCCCUGCAGUGGGUUGCACAGAUCCUCCCCUCUAGCAUCAAGAUCCAAGGAAGGACCUUCACCCAGCAGCUGGAGCACCUGCUGACCCCACCUGAGCGCUACAGCACCUGCAGAGCCCUGGAAGGCUUCUUCCAACAUCGGAACAUUGACACUCUGAUUGUGGAUGUGUACCCGGUGCUGGACACACCGGCCAAGCAAGUCAUUUGGCAGUUUAUCUACCAGCUGCUGACGUAUGAAGAGCAGGAGCACUGCCAGCAAAAGAUUGCCAGGUUUCUUGGUUACAAGCAGCACCUCAGUGCUGCUCCUGCUCCCAUCUUGCCCCUUGAGGCUGAGCCAGAAGCAGAGGAUCGGUACCGCAGCUCGGUCCGCGGGGCAUCCUUGUGCCGGGGAAGCCUCCGAACGCCCUGCCCCGAGGAAGGUGGGGCAGCAGGUCAGAGUGACACCGUAGAGGUCCCUGUUCGGCUGAUCCCUGGGGAGAGACAGGCUGGGGAUGGCACAUCCCUUCCAGAGACACCCAACCCCAAAAUGAUGUCAGCUGUCUAUGCAGAGCUGGAGAACCGCCUGCUCGGCAGCUUUGCUGGCAAGAGGAGCAGCACUGCCCGGCACAGAGCAUCCCCCCCACACCCUGCAGUGCUGUGUCCCGCAGGUGCUCGGAAGCCAGGAAAGGCGAUUUCCUGGCCCAGUGACCCUCUGGGCUCCCAGCAGUGCUACUACCGCCUGCACAGCACCGUGGCCUCCCCGACCAGCACCGAGUCCAAUCCCUACGUCAGCCUGGACAGCAGCCCAGCCCCGUCCCCUAAGCACCGGGAAUACUCUCUCAGCCCCCUGUCACGACGGAAGAAACUCUUCACCUUCUCCAGGCCCCCGCGCAGCCGCGACACCGACAGGUUCCUGGAUGCCCUCAGCGAGCAGCUGGGACACAGGGUCACCAUCGUGGAUGAUUUCCUCACCCCUGAGAAUGACUACGAGGAGAUGAGUUUCCACGACGACCAGGGCAGCUACGUCACCAACGACGUCAGCAGCAGCGAGUACAUCAGCAGCAGUGACGAGGGCAGCUCCCUGACAUACUCCACACUCUCUGACCACAUCCCCCCCCCGCCCCUCAGCCCCCCUCCCCCGCCUCCCCCCAUGUUCCAUGACCCCCAGACCAUCCCCACCAAGGCAGAGGCCGCCAAGGCCAGCGCAGCCCCUGCCCCCAAAUCCCUCGUCAGCCACCUGCACCCCAUCCCACCCCCCCCACCCCCACCCCCGCCCCCCCCGGUGCCCUGUGCACCCCCCCUGCACCGGGGGCUGUUGCACCGCAGGAGUGAAUCCAACCACAUGAGUGUCAAGAGGCUGAGGUGGGAGCAGGUGGAGAACUCGGAAGGGACCAUCUGGGGGCAGCUCGGAGAAGACUCAGAUUAUGACAAGCUGAGUGAUAUGGUCAAAUACCUCGAUCUGGAGCUGCACUUUGGUACACAGAAGCCUGCAAAGCCAACUCUCAUGCCUGAAAACUUUAAAAAGAAAGACGUGGUUGAAAUUUUGUCCCACAAAAAGGCCUACAACACAUCCAUCCUGAUCGCCCACCUGAAGCUCUCGCACAUGGAGCUGCGGCAGAUCCUGAUGACGAUGGAGACAGACCGCCUGGAGCCGUCCCACAUCAAGCAGCUCCUGCUCUACGCGCCCGACGGGGAGGAGGUGCAGCGCUUCCAGAGCUACAAAGAGAACCCGGCCAAGCUCAGCGAGCCCGACCAGUUCGUGCUGCAGAUGCUCUCAGUGCCAGAGUACAAGAUCCGCCUGCGCAGCCUGCACUUUAAGACCACUUUGCAGGAGAAGACGGAGGAGAUCAAGGCCAGCUACGAGUGCAUCUGCAAGGCCUCUCUGGAGCUGAAAAGCAGCAAGAAACUUGCUAAGAUCUUGGAGUUUGUGCUGGCAAUGGGAAAUUAUCUGAACAAUGGGCAGCCCAAAACCAGCAGAACCACAGGCUUUAAAAUCAACUUCCUCACCGAGCUGAACACCACCAAGACCGUUGAUGGGAAAUCCACCUUCCUCCACAUUCUUGCCAAAUCUCUCAGCCAACACUUCCCAGAGCUCCUGGGCUUUGCCAAGGAUCUUCCUACGGUGCCGCACGCUGCCAAAGUGAACCAGAGGACACUGACAGCUGACCUGAAGGACCUGCACACCACUGUCAGUGACAUUCAGAUGGCCUGCCACAACAUGCCAGCCACCCCAGAGGACAGAUUUGCAGUUGUGAUGACUAGCUUCCUGGAGAGUGCCCAGCCUGCCAUGCGCUCCCUGGAUGACCUGCAGCACAAAGCCAUGGAAGAAUUCAGCAAGGUGUUGUCCUUCUUUGGGGAAGACUCCAAAAUGACAACUUCUGAAGCCUUCUUCGGCAUUUUUGCUGAGUUUAUGAGCAAGUUUGAGCGGGCACUCAGUGAUGUGCAGGGUGGUGAGAACCAGCGCAGCCCCAGGAUGACCUCGCCCCUGGCCUGGUGAGGGCUCUGCAGCAAUCCCAGCUCCAACACUUGAUAGCCAACAAAGUGCAAUUUGCUCCCAUCGAGUCUGGUUGUAAAUAGGCUGCUGUCACCUGCAAAC